AUGGAUGCUACUGUGGAAAACAACGUGAAGCCCAUCAGGAGGAGUAAAGAAGACAAGAAAGUUAUUCGUAAACAGUUAAAAGCGAGUCACACUUUGCUGAAACAUGAAGGCAUUAGUACAGCACCGCAGCCUACAAAGAGUUUGGUGGUGGCCAAUGGGGGUCUAGGGAAUGGCGUCAGUCGAGAGGAGUUGUCUGCAGCGCUGAAACAGAUGGGAGAGAUGGACAAACUGAUCAUGCACCCUAACAAACCCUACGCUUUUGUCACAUACAGAUCUGAGGAGAGUGCUCGGAAAGCCCACAUAAACCUUAACGGGGAAAAGCUUCAAUGUGGCGAGAACAGCGUCACACUCUACCUCAGUUAUGUAGACUCAGUAACCUGUGAAGAGGAGGCGUCUGUUCCUCUGCCUGAGGGAUUGGUCUUGGUGGAGGACUUUGUGUGUUCAGAGGAAGAGGCUCUGCUGCUCGCUGCCAUUGACUGGUCAUCUACUAAUACUGAUGUCACUGGUCAAAAAUAUACUAUAGUAGCUCAUAAAUGUGUUUGUGUCCCUGUAUAUCCAGGUAUUCCUCAGGAGUGUCUCCCUGUUCUGGAGCGGUGUGUAAAGAACCAACACAUCGACAUCAUGCCAGAUCAGCUCACUGUCAACCAGUAUGAGUCUGGACAGGGCAUUCCCCCUCAUGUGGACACUCACUCUGCCUUUGAGGACACCAUUAUGUCACUGAGCCUGGGGGCAAAGACGGUGAUGGAGUUCCGUCACCCCGAUGGUCGCCUCGUUGCCGUGGUUUUACCAGAACGGAGCCUCCUGGUGAUGAAGGGAGAGAGCAGAUUCCUCUGGACCCAUGGGAUAACUCCUCGUAAGUUUGACAUGGUGCCAGCGUGCGACCCACAAUCCUUUGGUGAUAUUACCCCUGACCUCCAGACUAGCAGCAAUCUCACUUUGAGCAAGAGGGGCACCCGCACUUCUCUCACUUUCCGCAAGAUCAGAAAGGAACCCUGCCGCUGUGCCUUCCCCUCUGCCUGUGACAGUCAGGGAGCCCCCCAAGAACCCUCUCCGCCGCCCCCUCCCUCACUACCCUGUUGCCAUGCCGACGCGGCCCUUCUGGAGGAGCAGUAUGUGCACCGGGUGUACGAUGCCAUCGCCUCACACUUCAGCAGCACCCGCCACUCCCCCUGGCCUCGUGUCUGCCACUUCCUGUCCUCGCUCCCACCUGGCAGCGUGCUGGCUGAUGUGGGCUGUGGGAACGGGAAAUACCUGGGAGUCAACCCCGAGCUGAGUGCAGUUGGUUGUGACCGCAGCAGUGCUCUGGUACAGAUCUGUGCAGAAAGAGGUUUCCAGGCGUUUGUAUCCGAUGCGCUCAGUGUCCCUCUGCGAGCAGCCUCCUGUGAUGCCUGCAUCUCUAUAGCUGUCAUACACCACUUCUCCACACAGGAGCGUCGACUGGCAGCAGUGCAGGAGCUGGUGAGACUUUUGAAGCCUGGAGGUCGAGCGCUAAUCUACGUUUGGGCUUUUGAACAAGAGUACAACAAGCAGAGGUCCAAGUACCUCAAAGACCAGAACAAAGAGCUUCCUGAGAACCACAACCCAGCUGAAAACUCACCAGAAGAGAGCCAGGAACCUCAAGGGAAAUCGAGUGUCCAGAGCAGCAGUCAUUCAGAAGACAACUACAGGACAGUAGACAACAAUCAACAUGUGACUGAUGGCAAACUCAGUGUGCACACCAACCGCACAGCCUUCGAAACCAAGGACCUUUUGGUUCCCUGGCAUCUGAAAGACGGGAAAAAACGAGUGGAGGGAGAUUCAGGAGAGGGUGGGAAGAAGGAUCAACAGAAAGAGAGAUCUAAAAAGACCUUGAGGUCUAAAGCCACAUUGGACUGUAACCCUGCCACCAGUCCGGGCUUUGACUCCAACAUGUUUUCUGAUUCAAGUCUUGACACCAUUGCUGCCACUCACAGCUCUAAACCCAUUCCAGGUUGCGACACAUCACAGACCUGCAGUUCUGCUCUAAAGUCGGAGUCGGAGAUCAUCCCAGCCCCAGUUUUUCAUCGCUAUUACCAUGUGUUCCAGCAGGGGGAGCUGGAGCAGCUGUGUGCUCAGCAGGCAGGAGUCACAGUGCAGAGCAGCUACCACGACCAGGGUAACUGGUGUGUUAUACUAGAGAAGGCCUUAAACAGAUGAAGUGACACACUUAAAAUUGAGCUACACAUAUAUGUUGAAGCAAAAGAGUUAAUGCAAUGUAAACAAAGACUAAAUUAAAUAAAUCAAUGUAAUGACUUUACAAAUGCCUGCCUUUGUUGUGCUUUUACUUCUAGCAUUAUUCCUACUAAGGUUGGAAAGUACAUGGUGGUAGUAACAUGGUCUCAGGUUUAUUUCCGAGUAGGUAUACGCAUACAACGAAUUGGCAUUGCUGUGAAAUGGUAUAAAACACAGUAAUAGAAAGUUAGGAGAUAUGAAAAAUAUAAAAACUACUGUGAAACCAUUAUUAAAAAAUGUUUAGAAGAAAUAUACAAUUACAAAAAAAAGGAACUAGAAAAAGAACACUACACAUAUUACUAUGAAAAUAAAUAUCUGCAGUAUAUCAGAAUUUAAAAAGUCUUGCACUGCACUUUUGCUUUAAAUAAAUGCAGCUUGCUGA